UUUGGCUCUAGGAGGAUGGAUCCAGGGUCCGGGAGCGACUCGGCGCCGCUGACCGCCCUGGUCUGGUCAUCUGCUUCUGCGCCCCCGCCGCGAGGAUUCAGCGCGAUCUCUUGCACCGUGGAGGGGGCGCCCGCCAGCUUUGGCAAGAGCUUUGCGCAGAAAUCCGGUUACUUCCUGUGCCUCAGCCCACUGGGCAGCCUUGAGAACCCGCAGGAGAAUGUAGUGGCUGAGAUCCAGGUCCUGGUGGACAAAAGCCCCCUCCCACCCGGCUUCUCCCCGGUCUGCGACCCCCUGGACUCCAAGGCCUCCGUGUCCAAGAAGAAACGGAUGUGUGUGAAGCUGGUGCCCCUGGGGUCUACGGACACGGCCGUGUUUGACGUCCGACUAAGCGGGAAGACCAAGACGGUGCCUGGAUACCUUCGAGUAGGGGACAUGGGUGGCUUUGCCAUCUGGUGCAAGAAGGCCAAGGCCCCGAGGCCGACACCCAAACCCCGAGGGCUUAGCCGGGACAUGCAGGGCCUCUCCCUGGAAGUGUCAGGCCAGCCCAGCAAGCAUAGCUUCCCAGAGCGGACACUGUCUCGGCUGGGCUCGCGUACAUCCACCCUGCGGAGGAGUGACUCCAUUUAUGAAGCCUCCAGCCUCUACGGCAUCUCAGCCAUGGAUGGGGUUCCCUUCACGCUGCAUCCCAAAUUCGAGGGCAAGAGCUGCGGCCCCUUGGCCUUCUCUGCCUUUGCUGAUCUGACCAUCAAGUCACUGGCAGACAUUGAGGAAGAGUACAACUACGGCUUCGUGGUGGAGAAGACAGCAGCUGCCCGCCUGCCCCCCAGCAUCUCCUAG